AGUGCGCUCGCCACAUCCCUUCGGCCUCGCGGGAGCGGUCUGUCUCCCACAGCUUGGACAGGGAGAAACCGCAGCUGUGCAGUGGCUGUGGAGUAGUGCCUAGGAAAUCGCACAGUUGGAUAGGGACCCGGGCAGGGAGCGGCGGCGCCCGUCGCCCGAGCGCCGCGCUCACCCGCGGGGACGCAGCAUCGCCGCGGCUGCGGACGCGCCCGCCCCGCCGCGCUCCCGCCGGCGCCGCCGGCCCCGCGGACCGUGGGCGCACGGCGAGCCCUCGGCGCCCGCCGCAGUCCCGGAGCCGCCGGCGCUCGCGGCCGCUGCCGGCAAACUUGUCCCCAGCCCACGUGCUAGCGAGGCGCCUCGCCGCCCCGGCCCGGCAUGGAGCGCCGCGUCUAGGCAAGCCGCACCGUCCGAGACCGCGGUGGGCGCCGGCUACUUGGAUGAGCCCUUCAGUUCCCUGACUUUGGGAGGCGCCUCUCCCCGCCCCGACCGCCCAGAUGCAGUUUCGCCUCUUCUCCUUUGCCCUCAUCAUCCUGAACUGUAUGGAUUACAGCCACUGCCAAGGCAGUCGAUGGAGACGCAGUAAGCGAGCUAGUUAUGUGUCAAAUCCCAUAUGCAAGGGUUGUUUGUCUUGUUCAAAGGACAAUGGGUGCAGCCGAUGUCAACAGAAGUUGUUCUUCUUUCUGCGAAGAGAAGGCAUGCGCCAGUAUGGAGAGUGCCUGCAUUCCUGUCCAUCCGGCUACUAUGGACACCGAGCCCCAGAUAUGAACAGAUGUGCAA